UUCUUCUUCCAACAGCUUCCUCCAUUCACCUUCACUGCCGCCAGAGAACAUAAUGGUUAAAGGAUUUUACAAACGAGUUCUUCCCUCGCCUUCUGCGGUUGAUUUCGUUUCCAGCAAUGGCAAGAAACUUUUCCUUGAAGCAUUUCAAAAUGGAACUAUGCAAGGCUUCAAUAGUUUGAUUUCCUAUUUCCAAACACAAAGUGAGCUUACUUAUUGUGGUCUCGCUAGUCUAUCGAUGGUCUUGAAUGCUCUUGCCAUCGACCCUGGAAGGAAAUGGAAAGGACCUUGGAGAUGGUUUGAUGAAUCAAUGUUAGAUUCUUGUGUACCUUUGGAAAAGGUAAAAGCUAACGGCAUCUCAUUUGAGAAACUAGUAUCAAUAGCUCAUUGUGCUGGAGCAAAAGCUGAACCCUUUCGUGCAAGCCAUAGCACUAUCGAUGAUUUUCGCAAAUACGUCACCAAAUGUUCAACUUCUGAUGAAUGUCAUGUAAUCGUAUCAUACUACAGAGCUGCUCUGAAACAAACCGGAGCUGGGCACUAUUCUCCUAUCGGAGGCUAUCAUGUUGGCAAGGACAUGGUACUUAUUUUGGAUGUUGCGCGGUUUAAGUAUCCUCCCCAUUGGGUUCCACUUGCACUUCUUUGGGAAGGCAUGAACUAUAUUGUUGAAUCCACUGGACAAACAAGGGGGUUCUUGCUUAUAUCAAGGCCUCACACCAAACUCGACAUGCUUAAUUUUCUGGAUUCAAAUUCUUAACGGAUGAUGUUUCUCUUCUAUUACAAUCAGAAGAUGUGAAAGAAUCCAUUAUGGUUGUUUCAGCCACAUCACUUCUAUCUAAUUUUGAGGAAUUCAUCAAGUGAUUGCAAAGAUGAAGAAACAAGACGGCAGGGUUGAAGUAUUAGCACAAGGAGAAAGCAGGGCUUGUUAUUAAGA